CCUCUCGGACAGCCGCGGCGGAAGAGAAAGAUGGCGGAGGCCUCGGCGGCCGGGGCGGGCGCAGGCGCCGCUGUCGCCGCGCACCGGUUUUUCUGCCACUUUUGCAAGGGCGAGGUCAGCCCCAAACUACCGGAAUAUAUUUGUCCCAGAUGUGAAUCAGGCUUUAUUGAAGAAGUGACAGAUGAUUCCAGUUUUUUAGGUAGUGGUGGCAGCCGGAUAGACAAUAGCACAUCAACACAUUUUGCAGAGCUCUGGGAGCAUUUGGACCACACGAUGUUUUUCCCAGAUUUUAGACCAUUUCUAAGUAGCAAUCCACUGGACCAAGAUAAUAGAGCCAAUGAGAGGGGUCACCAAACUCACACUGACUUCUGGGGACCAAGUCGUCCUCCACGGCUGCCAAUGACUCGAAGAUACAGAUCACGAGGAAGUACUCGUCCUGAUAGAUCCCCAGCUAUUGAAGGAAUAAUACAACAGAUCUUUACAGGAUUCUUUGCAAAUUCUGCAGUUCCUGGAUCCUCACAUCCUUUUUCCUGGAGCGGGAUGCUGCACUCCAACCCUGGGGACUAUGCCUGGGGUCAGACAGGGCUUGAUGCCAUUGUAACCCAGCUUUUAGGACAACUGGAAAACACAGGGCCUCCCCCAGCUGACAAGGAAAAGAUCACAUCUCUUCCAACAGUGACAGUAACUCAGGAACAAGUUGAUAUGGGUUUAGAGUGUCCAGUGUGCAAAGAAGAUUACACAGUUGAUGAGGAAGUCCGGCAGUUACCCUGCAACCACUUCUUCCACAGCAGUUGUAUUGUACCGUGGUUAGAACUGCAUGACACGUGUCCUGUAUGUAGGAAGAGCUUAAAUGGUGAGGACUCUACUCGGCAAACCCAGAGCUCUGAAGCCUCUGCAAGCAACAGAUACAGCAGUGACAGCCAAUUACAUGACCGAUGGACUUUCUGAAGCUAAAGCCUGCAUCUGAGCCAGGGCUGUGGUAGUCUUCUUAUCACAGCUGUCAAUUGUAUCAAAACAAAAAAAUAGUAGGUGGAUUUAGGAAUUGCAUAAGAAACCCCAACCCAUAAUAUUAAUGCAGUGAGUGUUUUUCUUCUCCAAAUUUAAAGUUAGUAUCUGCAGAUGGAAUUGUAUCUACAACCAAAUGCCUCUUAUUCCUGAAUUCAGAGUGAUACUUUUAUAAGUGUGAAACUUGAUUAUGUGGGUUUCCCCUGCCAGAAUAGAAUCAUUUUACCUUAAAGUCUAGCUAGGGUCCCACUAUCUGUCAUGUUCUCUUGUAGUGGAUGUUUCCACCUCCUUCUCUAACUUCCACCCUACCAUUAGUGUAUUUAAUUAUAGUAGAUGCAGUGGAACCACAGUCCUAAAGUCCUGCUGAUAUAAAGUCUUUCUGUUUUAAUUGUACAAAAGCAUCUACUCUUGGCCACAUAAGCCACAAAGCAAGAUCAGAUUAACUCAGGAAUCUGAGACUAAUGAUUUUGUUUUGUUUUGAAUCCUCAGAAAAUCAAAGAAAAAUUACAGUGGGGAGGAGCAAGUGGCCGAUCAUUGUACUCUUUGAUUUUCUCAUUUUAAUUUUUAAAGACUACUUCACAAGGUGCAGUUUCUGCAGAAGCCAACAUGACAUAUCUUAGGAAUCUUACGUUGUUGGGAAUCUGAUUCUGGUUCCCUUUUGGAAAUGAGUUGGGCAGCAUACAGGCACAGAAGGACAGGUAUUUGAAAUCUUUGGUUCUGAGGUUUCUUUAAUGACCCCCAACUCAUUGUUUACUGCCUUUUGUCAUAGGGACCUUAAAAUAAUUUCCCUCAGAAAUAGAAUUACUUUAUUACUGCUUCUACAGCCAAUUCACUGUUUUUAGUAAUUCAUUGGUCUUCAGGAAUUGAGAUUUCACAUUGUCUCAUUUUAAUUUUUUAAGCCCUUUUAUCAUCUCUGAAAUCUUUCUGUUCUGCUUGGUUCUGGUUGUACUUGGUAUCAAACUGAUUGUUGUGAUCAUGCCCGAAACAGCUUGGCCUUGGAGAGGUGGGCCUUCUAUUUUCAGCCUAACAGUGUCUCAUUGCACAUGCACAUGCUCUUUGAAGCAUUUAAGUGUUUAAAGUUGAAUAAAUGAAGAAGAUCAAGAAUGUUGUUGGAACUUUAGAGUCUCAAAAGGAAAUGAUGGGGGCAUGUAACCACUGUUAGCGCACCAUAGAGGGUGAUGGGGCUCCAUUUGUCUGGUCACAUCAGCCCUUCAUAGUUUGGAAUGAUUCGAACAAGAAGGCCACUCUUUAUGAGUGUCUUUCUUGGCUAGGAGUCUUUCCUCAAUUUUUGUUGACUAUCAUACACUGGUUUUGGGGGCGAGGGAAAGGGGUUAGAGAUAUCUUUGUACUUUGGCAGAGGAUAAAGAAGUAGGGGAGGGAAGAGAGACAGUGGGAGAGUGGCUUGCUGAAUUAACAGCCUGCCUCUAAAAUUGUGACCAAAAGGUAUGAUUCAUGUUAGACCCAGAGGAAAUAAAAGAUGUUUUCUCCUCUGCCUCUCAUGUUAUACCUCUACAGAGAUCAUUUCUUUGGAGAAUGUGAGCUAUUUACUAUGGGUAUCGAUGUGUAGCCUGCUACACAUUGGUUUUGAGGGUGGGGGGCACUGGGGUCAAGAAGCUUAGGUGGGGGGGAGGGGUGAGAGGUAUAUUCUGAAUAUUUAAUUGCCACUGCAUAGAUGGAGAAAGGCCAUGCUGAAGUUGGAACACAUUGUAGUUUUCAAGUAGAACAGUGUCCACUGUCUCAGAAAAAUUAUGACAGCCAGAAAUUACUUUUAUAACUUCAUUCCUUUCAUUCUGGAGAUGCCAGACAAGCAGUUGUGUUUUUACUACAAAUAGAAAGCUAGAGAACCAGAAAGGAUCUGAGUAGCUCACAAAGGGUCAGAAAGAAAGUACUGGAUAGGGAGUUACCUUUUCAAAACACAGAAUAGCAAAUAGUGUCAGUCUCAGUUAUCUGAAAAUUUCUUCACUUUUUUUGCUCUGAUAGAGGACAUGAGGCUCCUUUUGCUGUUUCCUGUACCUUUUCCACUUAAUGAUUCUGUAGUGUCUUUCUCAGAGGUAUCUUGGAAUUGCAGGUUAAUUUAGGUUAAGGAGUGUACUAGGGUUCUCCCGAGAAGCAGAAUCAAUAAGGCAAUAAGGUAUGUGUGUGUUUGUGUCUGUGUGUGUGUGUCUGUGUGUCUGUGUGUCUGUGUGUGUCUGUGUAAAGAGAUUUAUUAUAAGGAAUUAGCUUGUGUGAUUAUGGAGGCUAAGAAGUUUCAAGAUCUCCAGUCAGCCAGUCAGUUCUAGUCUGAUUCCAAAGGCCUGAGCACCAGGAGAGCCAGUGGUAUAAAUUCCAAUGCAAAAGCUGGUGGAAGUUUUGAGACCCAAGAAAAGCCAGUUUUUGUUUUUGUUUUUGUUUUUAACAUUUUAUUUGAGAGAGAGCCAGAGAGCACGAGAGAGUGGGAGAAGCAGACUCCCUGCUGAGCAGGGAGCCUGGUGCAGGGCUUGAUCCCAGGACCCUCAGAUCAUGACCUGAGCCAGAGGCAGAUACUUAACUGACGAGCUACCCAGGCGCCCUGAAAAGCCAGUGUUUUAGUUUGAGUCCAAAGGCAGGAAAAGACUGAUGUCCUAACUCAAACAGGCAAGAGGAGUUCUCCCUUGCUAGCUGGAGUGUCAGACAUUUUGUUCUAGUUGGGCCUUUAACUGAUUGGAGGAGGCCCACUGACAUUGAGGAGAGCAAUCUGCUCUAAUUAGUCUACCUAUUCAAAUGUUAAUCUUAUCAGACAUACCCUCACAGACACACCCAGAAUAAUCUGUGACCAAAUAUUUAGUUACUCCUUGGCUCAGCCAAGUUGACAUAAAAUUAACCAUCACAGGAGGGAAAAUAGAAAUGCACACAGGGAGACAAACCAUAAGAGACUCUAGAUCUUAGGAAACAAACUGAGGGUUGCUGGAGGGGAGGGGGAGUGAGGGGUUGGGAUAACUGGGGAUGGGGUAACUGGGUGAUGGACAUUGGGGAGGGUAUGUGUUGUAAUGAGCAUUGGGUAUUAUAUAAGACUAAUGAAUCACAGACCUGUACCCCUGAAAUAAAUAAUACAUUAUGUUAAUUAAUUGAAUUUAAAUUAAAAAGAAAUGCAUACAGCAGAGUGAUACCCAUCCCACUUAAGUUUUGCCAGAUAAACAGUGUGUCUCUAUGAGAAAUGUCUGCUUUGCUUGGAGACCUCAGUAAUAGGGUUAAAAAGUAGAAGAAAUAUAUAUGGGAUGAGGGCCAAUUUGCUGUGUGCAACAUACCUAUUUUUCUUCCUUAAUGUAAAUUAACCUGGAAGUCUGAGAUGCCUCCCAUUCUAGGAAGAAACAUUGCAGAUACAUUGAUCUAACACCCGAAACAUGGCUGGGGCUAAGUGUUAGUUUCUAGGAAUGCCUUGCUCUUAAAUGUUUCAAACAGUUUUAGAUACAGUGCCCAAGGCAGAGGGCUACAUAACCCCGACUUUUAUAACUUCAUUCCUUUACAUUUGGAAGACUUACAGACUCAGGAAUCUGGAGCCUUUAUAGGAGUCAAAGGAGAGAUGAUUUAACUCUUGCUGAUUGUCACAGAGAAUAGGAAACAAUUGCAAUUUCAGAUCUUGAACCCUUAUACUUGAGGCCUUUAUAUUCAUAUUAAAUGGCCUGUGGAUUCCAUGCAGAGCUAAACAGAUUGUUUCCUUUUUUUUUAGAGAAAGAGUGCACACAUGGGGUGGGGGGGGGAGCGGAAGGCGGGCAGAGCGAGACGGAAAGAAAGAGUCUCAAGCAGGUUACGGGCAACGUGAAGCCCAAUGUGGGGCUUGAUCUCACAACCCCAAGAUCCUGACCUGAGCCAGAGUCAAGAGUUGGAGGCUUAACUGACUGAGCCACGCAGGCGCCCCAACAGAUUAUUUUCUUAUUCAUGAAUGUCUUUUCUUCUUUAUCUUCCCUUUGUCCACUAUAAUUUGAAAUUAGAGGGGCGCCUGGGUGGCUCAGAUGUUUAAGUGUCUGCCUUUGGCUCAGGUUGUGGUCUCCAGGUCCUGUGAUUGAGCCCCACAUUGGGCUCCCGGCUCAGCAGAAAGUCUGUUUUUCCCUCUGCCUCUCCCCCUGCUUGUGCUCUCUCUGUCUCUCUCAAAUGAAUAAAUAAAAUCUUUUUAAAAAUUUAAAAAAUAUAUAAAUAAAGAAAGAAAGAAAUUAGAGGGAGGAAAACUAUUUUGUUAGCACAUAAUUAGAGACCUCCUAGAGACUGGUAAACUUACAAGUUGGGAACUGAUACAGGGCAACUCCUUGCUGGCUUCCAAGUGAUGAUUGCUUCUGGGGUAGUUUCCUUAGGGAUUAGUCUAACUCAGGUUCAUAUGGGUUAUCUGGCUGGAUAGAACUGGGAAGUUUGGUGGGAAGGGCAGAGUGGUGAACAUUUAGCUGAGAUCUCCAACAUCUUUACAAUUUCUAAGCUAAUGAGUUGGGAGCAGGAAGAAAGAAUAACUCUGGCCUUAAAAAUUCAUUUUCCCUCAAAGUUCCUACUGCCAGUUCUCUGAAAAGCUGGGAAACAUGGAAAAUCCAGAAUGGCAUUUUGUCCCUGUUGCUGUAGCUCCUGGACUUUUCCUUAACAUUGUUCUAAUUUAUAAGAAAAGGGAAUUACUCUAGGUAGGAGAUGUGGAGAUGGCUAUAAAUUAAAUAGCUUCCUUAGCUUAUUAUAAAUUUUAGUUGUCAGCAUUUGCAACUGUUGAGCAAGUGCUUAUUAGAUGUUUUCUUUGAGCAGUACUCUCUCUGGUCCAUUAGUUCUCAAGUUUGAAGGAAGUUUUCUAGGGAAGAAUUUGUUUUUUUCCCCAACAGCUCUCACUUUGGUUUAAUAGCUAAUAGAAAAAAUUCCUUGUUUUUGUCUUUGUGUUCCACAUUUGUGUGUGUGUGUGUGUGUGAGAGUAUGUGUGUGUGUGUGUUCAUAUAUGCACUAGAGGAAGAAAGGGAUGUGGUGGCUCCUGGGGUAAAGUUAGCAGGUAUAGCAGAGGGCUGGAGCCUCAGUCCGAUUCUCUCACUGUACAUACCUCAGGCCCUUGUGUUUCCAUAGUUCUCUGCUGAGAACUAGGGGCAUUGUUGGGUUGGCUGCCAACCAGACACCGUGCUAUAUAGUGUGUGGCUAAGGGAUUCACUGGAGGUAAAAGCCUAGUCAUUUCUAAGGAUUGAGGAAAAAAAUGGCUUUGAGGAUAGCUAUUAUCCUCUGUUUCUGUAGUAUAAUUAGUUGAACACAAAUGCAAUUAUCUGUUGCUUUUUAUUUUUAUUUUUUAUUUUUUUAGAAAUUACUGUUACCAAAUUGACUUUUCUCUUGACCUUCUGCAUGCUUCAGUUUCUUUCACUCUGGUAUCCACGUGCUCUUUCCUCAAGGAAUACAAAUGAUAUCAGUCUUAACAAAAACUAAUCGGGAGGGAACCAUAGUUUGUAUGUUUAAACAACAAUAGAAUAGCCUUUUGGGCUUUUGGAAGAGGGAGCUCUUUAGAGUUGGGUGUUAGAGCUGGUCUAGGCAGGCCAGUGACAUCUGUGAAGGAAGACAGAUUUUAGGAGGAGGAACAGGGCUGAUGAAUAAAUAGUAGCAUGAGAGGGAACGCCCUCUUUGGCUUCCGAGGUAGGGAGGUGGGAAGAUAAGAGUGCUGUUCAUCAGAACAAACCAACAGGGAUUUGGGAGUUUGGAGAGCAGACUCUUUUUAAGAGUUUCCAGAAUGAGGGCGCGUGGGUGGCUCAGUUGGUUAAGCGACUGCCUUCGGCUCAGGUCAUGAUCCUGGAGUCCUGGGAUCGAGUCCCACAUCGGGCUCCCAGCUCAGGGGUGAGCCUGCUUCUCCCUCUGACCUUCUCCCCUCUCAUGCUGUUUCUCUCUCUCUCGCUCUCUAAUACAUAAAUAAAUAAAAUCUUAAAAAAAAAAAAGUUUCCAGAAUGAGUCUCAUAUAAGUUCUGAGGCAGGAAGUUGAGAGAACAUAUCACAAGUGGUCACCUUGUGGGGGGAAAUUGUAGCAAACAGUAAUGUCAGUGUCUUAGCACUUAGGCCAGGAACCACAGGGCUCCUCCAAGGGUUUAAAGUAGAAUGUGUAGAAUACGAUGUGUACAACUGGAGAUAUUUUCUAGGAUCCAAGUAGAGCCCUUGUCUUAACCAAAGGACAUGAGGUUUUGAUCUCUCAUACCUGCCAGAUAAGUGGAAUUACAGGCAUUCAGCUCUAAGAUUAUAUACAUAUAAACCUUAUGAAGUUUUGCCAGAUUGCACUUAAUUGGUGUCCACAGAAGUGGAGUCUAUGUUUGUUGCCUUUCCUCUUUCAGCUGGAUAUCUGUGAUUCAUGGGAUGUAGGCUUGUGCUUCUUUACCUUUUCUAAUAAGGUGUACUAUUUUUAAGGUCCAAAAAUUAUUAGACUCCUCACAAGAUGAUAGUUGUAUUUUUAGUA